AUGCUCCCGUUCGGUCUCAAACUCGCCUGGUUUGCGCUGUCGCUUACCGGCGUAGUUGGCUGCUGGGCGGUCCUUCUUCUGCUCGGAUCGGUUACAGGAAGGUUGUGGGCUCCAGUUGCGUAUGCGGUCGGUGCCACUAUAAUCGAGGUCAUCUUCUUGCUGGGCUUGAUUUGGCAAAUGCAGCCCGCGAAAAUGCCUGUCGCGUUUUGUUUGGUACAAGUCCUUGGUUUCGGCUCCGCGUCUUUCUUCCUUGCGGGUAUUCUCGCUGCUCUGACUACUGGAACGACGUUGUAUGUCGCAAAGCCAAAGCAAUGGAGCUCAUCCGAUGAAUCAAACGCGUUAAAAUGGCGAGCAUACUAUCUGCUUCCCACUCUCGUCUUUCCUUUGCUUGCGACAACAGUCCAUGUCACGUUCGUCAUAUUCUUUUCCGACUUCAAUAUUUCCGGUGGUAUGGUUUGCGUACCCCAUCCGCUAUGGUUGAGGUUCUUGAGCUUCGGGGGCCCUCCUCUCAUCAUUACGAUUCCUUGUCUCUGCUUCACCAUCCACUCCGUCAUACGAGUUUCUCAGAUUCACCAACACAUACUCCGCGCACGUCGCUCUGUCAACUUCGAAAACCUCGACCGCUUUACCGUGAGGCCUACGAGGUCGGACAAAUCAUUAUUCAAGUCAAGGUCUAGUCGCUUUGGAACACCAACCACUAGUCCUCCAACGAGUCCACGUGGAGUAGCUAUUACGACUCUAUCUCCCUCGUCCUCUGUUCGUGCCACUACACAACCGCGGAAAGAGGCCGUUGCCUUGGACGAUAAACUUCGCAGCUUUCACCUUCCGUUUAGCGGGCCGCCUCACGCUCAAGGCGCGACAUCAUCAUCGUUGGACGACGAAUCGUUCGACACAGUCUCCAGUGUUUCGUUUGCCGCGAUGGCUACGGCAGGUAACAAUAAUCUGAGGAGUACUACCGUCCAAGCAGUCAAGCCGCACUCCUCGAUUGCCCAGCUCUUUGGCCUAUAUAAUACCGAAGUCGACGGGGACGACGUCCAAACGCCACUGCGAUCCAAAAGCCCCACUAUACAGACAGAGCCUCGGAGCGAGUCGAUCAACAACAGCGACCGCAUCUCACCCAACGAGCUGGCAGCCAACAUGCAGUACCAAGGCGAUUUGUUGGUCUCCAGCGCCAGUGGGAUUGGUGAUCUAUCAUCUGAGCCAUUCGACGACAUUGCGACCCUCCCAUCUAAAGCCGCAACAGCAUACCGCAAUCCUCCCAAACUUCCUUCGCUUAUCCGCAGUCUGCUUGCAUUCCAACUCCUCCUCGUGAUCACGCAACUUCUGUCUGUUAUAACUCCACUAUCCGACAUUGCACGCGGCGGCGCUCAUGGGACACCAGCCGAGCUCGGAACCCAGCAUUUCGCGCUUAUAUUGGUGGCGUGGGCGCCCAUCUUCGCGUUCGGUGUGUAA